AUGGAUUAUUCUAAUCCAGUUAGCAGACAAAUAGAAUGUGGAGUGAAAUUGUCAAAGCAUGAUGAAGGAGAAAAAGUGGAUCCAACUUUCUUCAAAAGCCUUGUUGGAUGUCUGCGUUACCUAACUUGUACAAGAACAGAUAUUCUCUAUGAUCUUGGAAUCGUUAGUCGCUAUAUGAAAGCUCCAACAGUAAUUCAUUUGAAGAAUAGAAAGAGAAUACUUCGGUACAUCAAAGGUACGACCAUUUAUGGGCUAUUUUAUUCAUCCUUUAACAAUUAUGAGAUUGUUGGAUAUAGUGAUAGCGAUGGGAGUGGAUACUUGGAUGAUAAAAAGAGCACCACCGGAUUUGUGUUCUUCAUGACAAAUACAAGCUUUACUUGGAUGUCAAAGAAACAAUCCUAUAAACAUGUCAAGCUGACUAUGUUGAUAGCAAAUCAGCACUUGCACUAG